AUGGCCUACAGCUCGGUAUUCCCCCCGCUGGACAUUCCCAGGUCGAACAUCCUGUCGUAUCUCUACCCAGCAAACCAGACAGUGUCCAACCAACCGAUAUGGAUCGAUGCCAAUGACCCCAACAAUUCACUCUCGCCCCGGCAGAUGCUGUCCUGGGUAAGACGACUGGGAUAUGGACUGGACCGUCUGGGGGUGGGGAAAGGCGAGGUGGUCAUGAUAUACACGCCAAACCACAUCUUCGUGCCGGUCGCAUAUCAAGGAAUCGUGGGUUCAGGGCGCAUCUUCAGCGGGGCGAACCCGAUAUACACGCAGUUUGAGAUUGAACAUCAAAUUAAAGAUGCCGGUGUCAAGACGAUCCUCGUGCAUCCAAGCCUGGUGUCUACGGCGGUUGCUGCUGCAUCGCGAGUCGGACUGUCAAAGGAGCGCAUCUUCCAGUUCUCGGAUUAUCCCUGCACGCCGAAAGAAGGUGUUUUGGACUGGAGAAACAUGAUUGGGACUGAGGAAGAGGCGAGCAGGUGGAAAUGGGACGAAAUGGUGGACUCGUCUGUGUCGACAGCAGCAACGAUCAACUAUUCCUCUGGCACGACCGGCCUGCCCAAGGGAGUCUGUGUCUCCCAUUACAACCUCGUCGCAAAUGUUGAGCAGACCAUCUUCAUGCGCGAUCGAGAGCUGCCUCAUGCGCUGGUGCCUGCGAGUCGACCGGAAGAGCGAUGGGUUGGCUUUCUGCCCUUGUAUCAUGCAUACGGACAGCUGUACGCCUGCCUGAUGGCCCCAAAGCUGGGCUUCCCAGUCUACAUCAUGCGCAAGUUCGUCUACGAAGAGUUCCUGGACGUGAUCCAGCGAUAUCGCAUCACGCAUCUGCAGGUGGCGCCUCCCAUUCUGAUCAUGCUGGACAAGAGGCCUGAGACUUCGCGGUAUGAUCUGAGCAGCGUCAAGAAUAUUCUCUGUGGCGCGGCUCCUCUGUCGUUGGACUUGCAGAACAGGAUCCAGAAGCGCUUCCGCACGAACGUCGUGCAGGGCUGGGGAAUGACAGAGGUGACAUGCGGUGCAAUCCAUGUCCCUGGCGGUCUCUACGACGAGUCUGGAAGUGUUGGACAGUUGGAUCCGAACUGCGAGUGUAAGCUGCUGGAUGAGGAUGGGCGCCCGGUGCCAGCUGGUGAGCCUGGUGAACUGCAUGUUCGAGGACCCAAUAUCUGCCUUGGAUACUGGAGGAACGACGAAGCGACGAAGGCGAGUCUAGACGGCGAUGGGUGGCUGAAAACCGGCGACAUCAUGGUCGUCAAGGAUAACUGGUUCUGGGUCGUGGAUCGCAAGAAGGAGUUGAUCAAGGUCAAUGCACUGCAGGUGUCCCCAGCAGAGCUCGAGGCCGUGCUUCUGGCCCACGAUAGCAUUGCAGACGCUGGAGUAGUUGGUGUAAUGCUUGACGGCCAAGAAUGCCCGCGGGCUUACGUUCAAGCAAAGGACGAGGCGCGUGGGAGACUUUCUGCAGUACAGAUCCAGGAAUACAUGAAGGACCGUGUCGCAAAGCACAAGCAGCUGACUGGGGGAGUCCAGUUUGUCGACGAAGUGCCCAGACUGGCCAGUGGGAAGAUCCAGCGAAAGACCUUGAAGGAAUGGGCGCGCAAAGACGCUGCCAUUAGAGCAAAGUUAUAG